AUGGACGAGUCUGGUGGCUGGCUUCCUCGACAUCCCGCUGCCCAACGGCCUGGUCCCUCAGGUACCCGUGCAUUGCUUACAAACUACGUCGAAGACGUGCGAGAAAUUAAAACCAACGAAAGUGCGGUUCUCGUCCGCAAGGAGACCCGGGCCGAGUCUCGCACGGAGCAGCGAAUCAGCCACCUCCUCAUACCGCUGGCCAUCAUCGGGACAAUGACGCGACCAUUGCUGGCCCUGCUUCGCCUCAUGCCGCGAGCUCUCUUCAGCGGCGUCUUUUUCGUGGUCGGAUGGGGCUCCAUCGAGAGCGACAGGAUCGUGAAGAAGAUCCUCUUCCUCCUCCGGGAGAGGCGAUAG